AUGUCUAGCGAACGCGAACUCAAGUUCUUCAUGGCCCGCGUUGCCGACCAGGCCGAGCGCCAUCAGGACGUCAUCACAUACAUCAAGGAAAUCAUUGAUCUCGAUGCAAAACUCUCCUUAGACGAGCGUAAUUUAUUAUCUGUUGCUUACAAGGCACUCACCGGCAACCGCCGUACUGCCCUCCGUAGUGUCAACGCCUUCCUUGAAGACCCAUCAAUCCAGGGUGCCAAGGAGCGUGAGAACCGCCUUAUUGAACUUCGCAAUUCACUUGUCAAAGAGCUUGAUAACUAUUGCAACGAAAUCGUUCAACUUGUCGAUGAGAAGCUUCUUCCAGCUGCCGAUGAUGCAGUUUCUAAAGUUUUCUACUGGAAGCUCAAGGCAGAUUACUUCCGCUAUUCUGUUGAAUUCAAGGAUGAAGCCGCACGUGCACAAGGCUCUGAAGCUGCCAAGAAAUCAUACGAGGAGGCUAUGAACCUCGCUAAGGAUCUCUCCAAGGCCAACCCACAGUAUCUCGGCCUUGCUCUUAACUAUUCUGUCUUCCUUUAUGAAAUCAUCGGCCAGAAGAAUGAGGCUAUUGAACUUGCUGACAAGUCAUUCAAGGAGGCUGUCGGCCUUAUCGACAAGCUUGAAGAAGAUGAGUACAGUGAGGCUACACUUAUCCUUCAGCUUCUUAAGGAUAACGUCCAGCUUUGGACCGAUGAUCAGAACGCCGAGUAA